CACAUGAAUUCGCAGAUUUGUUUGGUAUUCCGCAGCUGUCAUAGACGAGAGAAGAAUCUGCCCGAAAAUGCAUUCACCGUGAUAAAAAUCAUUUUAGACUAACGUUUCUAAACGUCGAUUUUCAUUUUACUCUUUUAUCUGAACAUUAUUGAAGUGCGCGUGACCAAACGCAGAACUGAAACAUUGUAUAAGACGCGCGACCUGUCAAUCAAAUCUCGCUACAAUGUUGCGCUUUAUAACAGUUCUAAAUACAUUUCUAUAGAAAUCGUUGUAAUUCUUUUGAAAUAAAGACUCCUGAUCAUCAGGCGACAUCGUGUCACUGCCGGCAGGCGUUGCAACAUGCAUCUAUACUGAUUUGCCCUUUUAGUUUGCAUUGAAAUCCAAAGAGCUGGCCUGUAAAGCUGUUUUUAAACAGGAGCAUCAUGCUGCGAUGGAUUCUGGGAGCUCGAGAAGCGCAGGGGACAGUAGAGAAGAGCGCGGCGCUGUUCAUUGGGGAGGAACAGCCCAAAAACUGUUUCACGGAGAUGCAGGUGCUGAAAGGACACUUUGACAUUGUUCGAUUUCUGGUGCAGAUUGAUGACUUAAGGUUUGCGUCGGCAGGUGAUGAUGGACUUGUGCUGAUUUGGAAUGUUGAGACGGGAGAGUUGUUGUUGGACUUGCGUGGUCACACGCAGCAGAUCACGGCCAUGACGUCAUACGCUUACGUCAGAGGCGGAAACACGCACACUGCUCUUAUUACUGCAUCAUCAGACCGCACACUCAGUUUAUGGGAUCCAGACACAGGACACCGUGUGCAGAAUGUAUAUGAUCUGCAGUCCUCUGUGAAGGUGUGUGUGCGUGUCUUUUCCUCUUGUGUGUGCACGUGUUUGCUCAUUGUGUGUUUCUUGCAGUGUUUGCUGGUGUUGGACCGCUUGGACGUGUGGGUCUCGGGGGGGAAUGAGCUGUGUGUGUGGAACAAAGACUUUGAGCUGCAGUGUAAAACUGUUCAUCACAGCGACACUGGCAUCUCAGCCAUGGUGGAGUUACCAAAGAACUUCAUCGCAGCUGCCAUGGAUAGAGAGAUUGUGAUAUUUAAGCUGAACGUGUCUGGGUCGGAUGUUGCCGUUAUGGCCAUGCGACAUCUGACUGAUCAUCAGGACACCAUUCGAUCACUCAUCAAUGUCAACGACGGAUUGUUUGCGAGUGGCUCUCAUAUCGGCGAGCUCAUCCUGUGGGACUCCCUGCAUUGGACGAUACACGCCUGUGAGCACAUCCUGUGGGAGGAGUCAGCGGGAGAAGGCCAAUCAGAGGUCAGGUUGACUAACCAGAAACAGAUUGAGAGGUCCAUUCAGCACAUGAGCUCGGACGGAGAGUUACUUGUAGCAGCUGUAGGCAGUGGUCUGUAUGUUUAUAAUGUGGCGUUGAAGAGCGUGGUUGCGUACAGAAGGAUCGCUCACGACUCAAGCGUCUUACACACCAUGCUGCAGGAGGAUGGGCAUAUGAUGUCGUGCUCUGCGGACGGCAGCGUGAGGAUGUGGGAGUUACAGGACCUCCCCCUGCCUGCUGAGCCUGCCUCCUCAGGGCUUUUCGGGAUGUUCGGGACUUUCGGCAGGUCCAGUAAGCAGGUUUGCCCUCCUACCAAGAAACUCCCAGAAGUCUCCGGUCUGCGAUCGCUGGAACUGACGGGCGAUCUGAUCGGUCACUCAGGAGCUGUGCAGAUGUUUGUGAGUUUUAAGGAGAAGGGUCUGGUCACCUGCUCCACAGAUCACCUGCUCAUCGUGUGGAGGGACGGAGAACUGCAGUCGCAGCUGCGCAGCCUGGCGCUCUUUCACAAACUGGAACAGAACCAGGGACUGUGAUAUGAUCUUCACAUCGCCUUUCAAUUUUGUGUCGAGUUCAAGAAUAUUCUUAGUGUUAGUAUUGAAAGCAUCAGUUAGUGAACAUCACAGGUCUCAGAUGUGUUCUUUGUAUUAACCUUCCACUGUAUAAAGUCUGAUUAAAUCAGUGUUUUAACUUCACAUUAGAAACUUUGCGCUUUUACACAUAAAACAUGUAAAUGUUGUCAGAUGUUUGUCAUUUUACUCGAAUGGUUUUAUGAUUAAAUUGUUAGAUCAUCGUUUUAUGUGAAUGUUGUCUUGUGUAUAUUAAAGGGAUUGUUUGUGAUAUGAGAAUAUUUAAUGACCUUAAAACUGAUCAUUUGAUUGCA